GUUUGAUUCAUCCAGGAAGCGACACCGCACCGGCACUUAAGCUGAAGCGAGGAUAAAUGACAUUAAUUUGAAGAAAUACUCGUUUAAAUGUUUCCAAUAUGCUCAGUUAUUCAUAUAAAUGGGCUUCAUUUGAUCGAGUGUUUAAUAUGUGUUAGCCGCGAAGUGAUGGAUGACGAAAGCUGUGGAAAAAUCGAUUAUGGAAAUGAGUAAUUUGCCACCGCUGCGAAACCUGCCCAGCUGGACCAGGGUUCGAGAUCUGGACCGGGUGAGAUACCCCAGACUUCUGUCCAGUGACUCAGUGGUCAGAUCUCCACCUGUGGACAUCAAGCCCAGGGUAGAUGCACACAACACACGUGUCGCAUCUCUGGAGAAAGAUAUUCUGUUCCUCCAACAACAGCAUAAAGACACACUGGAGAGACUGCAUGUGGAAAUUGAAGAUCUGAAGCGUGUUAAUAAAGAAUUACAGUAUCAGCUGAUUAUGGAACAUGAAAAUUCUUCGAAAGAGUCCAUAUGGUCCAACAGUAAUUCCUCAAAAUCCAGUAGCGGCGGUUCAGCUGAGAAGAAUUCCCAGUGUGGAUUCAUCAGCUCAGAGGAGGCGUCCGAGGUGGGAGGAGGAGGUGCAGUCACAUCUUUGCUGCCUCUCAGGAUCACUUGCAGUCCGUCCCAGCAGCCCCGCACCCCGACGCAGAAGGAGUGCGAGCUCAUCAUCCGGCAGCUUUAUCACGCCAACACCACGCAGUAUCAGGAGCUGCUGCGGAUCAAGAUGCUGCUCAGAGAAAUCACUUCCAAAAACAGAUCGGCCGCUGAAGUUUUCUCUCUCGCAAGAGCCUCACUCUGUGACAACAGCAGGGCUGAAGUUUUUGAGCAUUUUCCAAAACUACCUCUCAAACCACUGCCAAAGAAACAGAUCCCGAAUCACGCCGGUAAAGGAGAAACUGUGCUUCUCCCAGCCAUCAAGCGCAAUCUCAGCAGCACCAUGUCAGAGCGGCAGAGGAGAGCGCAGGACGUGCACAGAAUGCGUCUCAGGAGAGUUGUGAACUCUUAACCCUCCUCUGCAGUGAAGGUUACGCUGUCCCACUUCUGUCAUUGUGCCAUCGUGUCUGCUGAUUAACAGGUCUUACAGUUUAGCCUUUUUUUUUACCCUACCAAAAGGCUUAAACUUCUCAGUCAGUCUCUCUGUAAGCUGAAGGAAGGUCAAAAAUAUGUAUUACUUAUUCACCACAGAUACGUGAGUGAACGGCUGUUGAUCAUAGAUUCCCUAAUGAACUACAUAAGAAUCUUUCCAGAGAAGCAGCCAAAUGUCAAAGAUGAGACGAGAGCUAAGCUGCCCGUCCUUCAACCGGAAGAUCUGUAAACGCUGAGACAAGCACAAUAUAUACAUGAAACACAUACUAUCAAAUCUUGAUUUGAUAAGAUACAUUGACGUGUGAAUUUCCCUGAAGGUUUCUAAAGGUUUUCGGUUGAUUUGAGUUUGAUAAAGCGGUUUAAAUUCUUGUUAAUCCUGUAAUUCUCUUUAAAUAAAUGCACCAGCAUCA